GGUCUCGGAAAGGGCGGUGCGAAGCGCCACCGCAAGAUUCUUCGUGACAACAUCCAAGGUAUCACGAAGCCCGCCAUACGCCGCCUCGCGCGCCGCGGUGGUGUCAAGCGUAUCUCGGGUCUCAUCUACGAGGAGACGCGCGGCGUGCUCAAGAUCUUCCUCGAAAACGUCAUCCGCGACUCGGUAACAUACACCGAGCACGCGAAGCGCAAGACCGUUACCGCGCUCGACGUCGUGUACGCGCUCAAGCGCUCGGGGCGCACGCUCUACGGGUUCGGCGCAUAGUCUCUGGCUCGUUGUGGGACUCGGACUGUAUUUUGGUUGUAUCGCUACUGUACUUUUAUUUAUUCGUUUCUCUUUGUCUCGCACUGGCAAUACACUACACUACACCAUAGUAGGUGGAAAUUAGGACCUGGUGUGAUUUCGAGUGUCGGUGUGAGGGAAAAGGUUGUUGCGGAGGGAUCUGC